AUGACCAAUUGUCACCGUGUGCCAUUAACUCCUUCGCAUGUCAUCUUCAUACACCUACACCAAAUCGAUGUGAGAGGAGAACUUCUGCUUGCAGUAUCAGGAAAUGACCUAAGACCCUAUUGGAGCAUGCUACUGCCCUUCUCAUAUGCCAUAGUUUCAGGUGCAGUAGGUUCAUGCUCGGUGUUGUUUGCUAAAUCGCUUUCUAACCUAUUACGGCUGGCUAUGUCCAAUGGUUAUCAGUUGCACAGCUGGUUCACAUAUUCCAUGCUUCUUUUAUUUCUUAGUACUGCUGGAUUUUGGAUGACCAGGUUGAAUGAAGGGCUGUCAUUGUUUGAUGCAAUUCUUAUUGUUCCCAUGUUUCAGAUAGCAUGGACUUUCUUCUCAAUCUGUACAGGAUUUAUAUAUUUUCAGGAAUAUCAGGUAUUUGAUGCAUUAAGGACAACAAUGUUUAUACUCGGAAUGAUGUGUGUAUUUAUUGGCAUUUCUUUACUGGCUCCAGAUGAAUCAAAAGGUCCUGAGACGAAAGAUGGUUCUUUGGAUUCCAUGGUGUCCUCUGCCACUUCAACAGAAGUGAACAGGCUGGUAGUGUCUACUGAAGAAGCACAGAAUAAAGAUCCAAGAUCAUUUGUCAAAGCAGUGGUAAUAAAAAUUACAGAUUUGUUGGUCAAGGCAAAGCUUCUUGAUAUCUCUUUGCAGACUUCUUGUGCAUUAUCUCUUGGUUUUGGGGAGGAUACCAUCAAUGCUUCAUCGGUUCUUGUGAUGCCAAUGAUGUCAUCAAGAAUGACUGGAUUUAGAGGUAACGGGCUUGAGCGAGCAAGAAUUUUGUCCAUGCGAAAUUCUGGUUGGAGCAAGAUCCCAAUGGAUGAUGGGAAAUUGCUUGAUGAUAGUUCGGUUGUUCCUCCUAGCCCUUAA